AUGUCCGGAUCAUCCUCAUCCUCUUCUCAGCAACCUACAAAGAAGGAUCUCGAUCCGACAAUCGAUUUCCUUGCUGGAACAGUCGCCGGUCUGACGUCAAAGUCCGAUUUCAAGACUCGAGAACAGCUACACGCUAUAGCUCGACCUCAAAUGCACUCUAUACCAUCGUACAAGAGGAAGGAACACGUGGACUGUUCAAAGGCAUCCAGGCCCCCAUGGCAACUUGGAUGUGCUAUUCUCAACGGACUCGUCUUUGGGACGUAUGGUUUCCUUAUGAAAGCCCAGCUUCAGGCGCACCAGCGCGAGCCCAGUUUGACUCAGACAUUUAUCGCAGGCGCAGGGAGCGGUGUCGUCUCUUCCCUUGUGACUUGCCCGUCUGAGUUAAUCAAGAUCCACCAACAAGGGAGCGUACACUCCCAACCACCAAGUUACGAGGCAGUUUCGCGCUCUUUCCGAAGACGGGUCCCGCCUCCGACCGACCACAGCACACACAAAUCUGGUGCGCUCGCUCGAGAGGCACAUGUCGAACUACCCGCUGUCCCAUGGUAUGGUGUCCUCCUCGCAGGUGCGCUUGCCGGACCUGCGAGUUGGAUCGCCACAUUCCCCGCAGACGUGAUCAAGACGCGAAUGCAGGCACUUCCAGACGAAGUGGAAGCAUCUAGAACGUUGCCCAAACCCGGUCAGAGCUCAAUUACAGCCGUGCGACGAGAGAUGGGCACACUUGAAACGGUCAGAUAUUGCUACCGCCGCGAAGGGCUGCGGACGUUUGUUGCUGGACUGACACCGACACUAAUACGCUCUGUGCCUGUGAAUAUUGUCACAUUUGGAGCGUUUGAAUUUGUGGUGAGCGUCCUCACCAAAGACAACGUAUAA